UUCUGGUGCAGUACACGACUUCGGCUGCUGCCCGGACGGUCGGAGCAGACGGGCGCUGAUGGAGCGGUACUACAGCAUCAGCGGCCGCCUGAGCCAGCUUUGUACGCGCUGGCGCCACCAUGCAGGCCUGCUCUGCCAGGAAUGCUCUCCCUAUGCUGCUCACUUGUAUGAUGCUGAGGAUCCUUCCACUCCCGUGCGGACAGUGGCAGGACUUUGCCAAGAAUACUGCGAGCAGAUGUGGCAAAAAUGCAGGUCCAUAUUUCGCUAUCUCUCUACGGACAAAGAAUUAUUAGCCCUGGAAAACAAUAUGGCAAAGUUCUGCCGCUAUUUGUCACUUGAUGAUGUGGACUAUUGUUUCCCUCGCCUGCUGGUAAAUCAGAAUCUUAAUCAAAACCUUGGGUUAGUGACUGCCGACUCAGAGGGCUGUCUCCAGUUGUGCCUAUUAGAGGUAGCUAAUGGUCUGCGGAAUCCUGUUGCUAUGGUGCACGCAAAUGAUGGAACUCACAGAUUUUUCAUUGCUGAACAAGUUGGUUUAGUUUGGACCUACCUCCCAGAUCGGUCAAGGCUGGAAAAGCCAUUUCUGAACAUCAGUGAAGCCGUACUUACCUCACCUUGGGAAGGAGACGAGAGAGGUUUUCUAGGUAUUGUCUUCCAUCCUAAAUUCAAAUUUAAUGGUAAAGUGUAUGUCUACUAUUCAGUUGAAGUUCAUUUUGAAGAGAUAAUCCGAAUAAGUGAGUUCAGAAUUUCUCCUGAUGACAUGAAUACUUUGGACCAUAGUUCUGAAAGGAUAAUUCUGGAGAUAGAAGAGCCGGCUUCCAAUCACAAUGGAGGAGAGCUACUCUUUGGAGAUGAUGGUUAUCUUUACAUAUUUACUGGGGAUGGAGGCAUGGCUGGCGAUCCUUUUGGGACAUUUGGAAAUGCUCAAAACAAAUCAGCAUUGCUAGGCAAGGUGUUACGGAUCAAUGUGGACAAUAAUGACCGUGGGCCUCUGUAUAGAAUCCCUCCAGACAACCCUUUUGUUACUGACCCAAAAGCUCGACCUGAAGUCUUUGCAUACGGGGUGAGAAAUAUGUGGCGCUGCUCUUUCGAUAGGGGUGAACCCUACACAAAGGAAGGGAAAGGGCGACUUUUCUGCGGAGAUGUAGGACAGAAUAAAUUUGAAGAAGUUGACAUUAUAGAGAAAGGAAAAAAUUAUGGCUGGAGAGCAAGGGAAGGAUUCAGCUGUUAUGAUAAGAAACUUUGCACCAAUUCCUCACUAGAUGAUGUGCUUCCGAUUUAUGCUUAUCCACACAAAAUGGGGAAAUCUGUUAUAGGAGGCUAUGUCUAUCGGGGUUGUGAGUCUCCAAACCUGAAUGGGCUGUACAUAUUUGGUGAUUUUAUGAGUGGACGUUUAAUGUCAUUGAAAGAGAAGCAUUCUACUGGAGAAUGGCAGUACACUGAAAUUUGCAUGGGAACAGGACAAACUUGCAUGUUCCCUGGGCUUAUCAAUAAUUAUUAUCAGUAUAUCAUCUCUUUUGCUGAAGAUGAGGCAGGAGAGCUUUACUUCAUGUCUACUGGAGUACCAAGUGCCACCGCUCCUAAUGGAGUAGUUUACAAAAUAGUAGACACCUCACGGAGAGCACCCCCAGGAAAAUGCCGGGUUGAGCCUUUGUCAGUGAAAGUGAAAAGCAGGCUCAUAAAGUUUGUGCCGAAGGAGAAACUGAUUGUGAAAACACCAACCCAACGACCUAGAUUACGGACCACCACCAAAGCCCCAAGGAGGGGUAGGCCAACUUCUGAAACACCCCAUGCCACUACUCCAGACUGGGUGGAACAAAUCUUGAACCUUCUAAGGAAUCAAAAUAGAAUGCAGGUGACCUCCAGAACACCAACAACCAAACCCCCGAAGUCCAGGAAAGGGGGAAAGAGUGGGGAAAGGAGAGGGCAGAGAAGGAAAAAGAAACCUCCCAGCACUCUGUCUCCCCCACAACUCACGAAUGGUGCAGUGCGACUGAUGAACAGGCAACCACAAGGAAGGGACCGGGGAAGAGUGGAGAUUUACAUCAACGGAGAGUGGGGCACUGUAUGUGACGACUUGUGGAACUACAAGGCAGCAACUGUGGUGUGUCGCCAGUUAGGGUUCCCUUAUGUUGUCAGGGCAACCAAAAGAGCGGAGUUUGGGGAAGGACGUUCGCUUCGGAUUCUUCUUGAUGAUGUUGAGUGCACUGGGCAGGAGAAGAACCUGCUGGAAUGCACACACGCAGACAUCGGCAAAAACAACUGCUCCCACAAAGAAGAUGCAGGAGUGAUAUGUAGCCAUGAAGAGGUUAUAAACUGAAAACUAAUAACACAUUGGGAGGGUAAAACUGGACUAAACUGAUCUUUCUUUUCCCCCCCUUUUAAACAGUGGAUGUACUGAAUACAGUAUAUUUAUCCCUGAGGAUGCUAUAUCUGAUUUAAGUAAUCUUGCAGUCUUGUCUCCAUACAUCCUAUAAUGUGUGUGCUGGGAGGAGAGAGAAUGUACAGAACAUAAUCACUUGAGCAUGUGUGUGAUCGGGAAUCAGGGUUUUCUUUUUUCCAGGUGGAAACAGAAACAUCCUUAUGUUAGCAAUUAUGAAAUAGAAAGAUGCACCCCUUUGUCAUCUCACAUGCAACUAUAGCACAGCAUUCCCCCAGCCAGGUCUGGCAGCGUUCUGCUGAAAAACAUUCCCAAAUGGCAGUGUUUUAAAGUUUUGUUUAUCCAAACAUUCACACUGUCUGUUUAACUCUUCUGGCGCCUGUACAAAGAACUGAACAUUGAUCUUUGAGCAUCUGCAAGUCUGUGUGUUUUGCUGUAGGACAUGGAGAUAACUUAGUGUUCAAUCUCCAUGCUCUGGCUUAAAAAGGAAAAUGAAGCCGGGGGCCUGAUUCUCCUCUCUAGUUGAGCCUUGAGCCUUGUGUAGCCACAUACCUCUGUGCAAAACAGGUGCAAAAUGCUACCAAAUCAGAAAUGUAGCAUUUUACACCCAUUUUGCACAGGUGUAAAUGACUACACAAGGGGCAAAUCUAUAGAGAACAAGGCCUGUUACACAUGUACUAUCCUUAAAAUGACACCAUUGGUGUAAAUGUAUUGACUAAAGUGGGAAUUACACCUGUUUACAUGAGGAAGGAAUCCUACCCAGAGUCACUGUAGUGCCUGGAAGAAUUAUGUGUGCAAUUCUACAAAUUGAUUGAAAUUUCAGAGAGUCUUGUCUCAUCUCACUUUCACCAGAGUAACCUCAUUGACUUCACUGGAAUUACUCCCAUUUACACCAGUGUAAGCAAGAGGCAAAUCCAGUCCAUAGUACAUAUGGUGGCUCUAAUCCAGUUUAACUGCAGUUAUGGAGACACUUCAGUCCUGAUUGUCCGCUGCCUUGAGCCUUGUGUAGCCACAUACCUCUGUGCAAAACAGGUGCAAAAUGCUACCAAAUCAGAAAUGUAGCAUUUUACACCCAUUUUGCACAGGUGUAAAUGACUACAAAAGGGGCAAAUCUAUAGAGAACAAGGCCUGUUACGCAUGUACUAUCCUUAAAGGACACCAUCAGCUUCAGAAAAUCUCACACUUCUAUCUGAAUUGUUUUUUUUUUUUUACAGGUAACACACAAGUAAUCCUAACUGAAUGAGUGGAGACACGUUGUUUCUCUCUC